AUGGCGCCCGUCCCUUCUCCCACCGACCGCGACCGUGAGCGCGUUGGUCCGCAUCCAUCGUAUAUCGAGAUUGCCAAGCCCUACAUUUUGCAGUCUAGGAUACACAAAUGUCUUUCAGAUAUCAACAUGAGCGACGCCAAAGAGGACAUUGUACGCUUGCAGGGUGUAGCUUGGAUUGACCAAGUGCGUCGUGCGCUUCAACUGCCCAUCCGCACAUUCAACACGGCUGUCACAUAUUACCAUAAGUUCAGGCUGCUCCAUUCGGACAACGAGUACAACUGGGCAGACGCAAGUGCCGCGGCACUCUUUACAGCAUGCAAGAUUGAAGAUACCCUCAAGAAGAGUAGAGAGAUUCUCUGCGCUCAUUGGAACCUGAAAGUCGGACCCGGGGAGAGCUUGAGUAGCGACGAUCCGGUAUCUAAUGACGAGCAGCGAUUUGAUAAUCACUCCAAGCUCAUCAUUGGCCUCGAACGCCUCAUGCUCGAAAGCGCCAGCUUCGAUUUUCGGAAUCGAUACCCUCAGAAACUUAUGGUCAAGCUUGCACGAGCACUCAAGAUGGACAAGAACAACGCUUCCAAGACGGCUUGGAACUUGAGCAUAGAUCUCUACAGGACAUUUGCACCAUUGAAGCAAUCUGCACCAACCAUGGCUAUUGCAUGUAUAGAGCUUGCGGCGCGUUUGCAUGACAUGGACACAACUCGCAUCUCUAAUACAGGCAUAACGAGAUACAACAAAUGGGCUACCAGCAGAGCUGAAGUUAUGGAGACCCUUCUGGACCUUCUGGACCUUUAUACCCACCAUCGCGGCCUGACGUCUGUUGGACCCUUGUACACACUUGAGACUUUUAUCGAUAUUCGCAUCGGACUCAACCAAGAGGCCUCUGCAGCCAAUAUACCCCGUUACGCUCAGUACGCUUCUGAAGCUGCGGCUGACGGCCAGCUUGGUAUCAACGGACUCAAGCCACGCAAUGGUAUCGAUCCUACGAGCCCUCUAACACCUGCUACACCAGGAACUGCAUCUCCAGGCAAUGCCCAAGCACCAACUUCAGCCAUUGGUAUUCGCGGACAAAACGGCACUGUUCGAUUCAUGCUCGACGCAGCCCGCGCCCGCGACGAACGCAAUGAAGUCGACCGGUUUCACAAGAUUGAAGAGGAAGAAUACGAAGUCGAAGUGCCAAUCGAGAUUCGGCCUGAGGAUAGGGACAAGAGAAGCAGAGUGCGUUAA